CUUGGUUGGCUAAGUCUCAUGUUUUGAUGUUAACAAACAAUAUAAGAGCUUAACGUUUGUUUAAGUGUUUCAGGAAAACAAGAAUCCAUUAAGAUUCGGUACUCAAGAAUGAAGUCGAAACACUAAACUAGCGUAGAAUAUAGGUAGAAACCAAUCACGAAAAAUGAAGGCUAUUGGUCAGUUUGCCGCCCACCGCCCCACGACAAUGCCUUCUUCACCGUUCACCGCCCCACUCUCGAGAACUAUCCUCAUAUAUCUUCCCUUGGAUGCAUUUGGCUCUUCUAUCACCGGCAUCUACAUCAAAAUUGCUCAGCUUCCUUCGGCAACCGCUAGAGAUAGAGAAGAUGAGGAAUGGAAGAACCUGCAAUGUUCCUUAGCUGGUUUAGAUCCCACCAGGAUGAAUGGGUCUGAAUUUGUGCCUCCAAUCUUCUCUGGGCUUCAAUGGCUUUGAGCUGGAGUUAAUGAUUGAUAGAUAAUUAUUUCCCACUAAAUUUGUUUAUGUAACUAUUCUGAACUCAAGUAACAAUUUAAACAUCUAUUUUGACUUCUCUAACACUAUUUGCAUACCUUAUUCAAAAUAAGUUCCCAAUGAACUCUGAAAAUACAGUUUAAGGCCUAUGGGAUUCAUAGGUCGAUGUAUUCUCUCCUAUACUCUUGAUGAAUUGAAAUGCUCAGUGUGCAUAUAAAUUCAUUUCCUUUUCCUUGGUUUGGAUUCAUAAAUAGAAGUGUGCCUA